AUGCGUGUAGCCGGAGAGAGUACUUCUCACACCUCAGCAGCAGGUGAUUCGUCGCCUGCUGCUGUGAACAGUCCACGUGGUGAGUCACUACGUGCGACAGGUACAUCCGUUGCGUCUGCAGCGGGUACCACGAGUCGUAAACAAGACGAGUUUGAAGUAGAGCUCAUCUAUUCCGGCGAGUCAGAUGAUGUAUCCGACUCGAAGACGACACCUCACACUUCCGGAUCACACGAGGCGGACACUGCAAGAGCCAGGUUGACUGGCUCUGGUCAACAUGGCGGCAUCAUGCUCGAGAUCUUCGUAUCGAGCGAUUGUUCCGAUGAAUCCUCGCCUCACGCGAGUCCAUCCACCGAUACAACGCGUGGGGAUGGUGGUGAUGCACCUAUACAUCACCACGAGAGAAGCAACUCGAGGGAUCAAGCUGUCACUAUUAUCAGUGCUCAUGCUGGCACCAAUCAAGAGGAAAAGAGGCCAGGGACCGAAAUGUCUUGCGCCACGCUCCCCACGUGGAGUCCGUGGAUGCCGCCAUCCAGAGAGUUGGACCGGUUGGCCGGCAUGACUACCGAACGGGAUCGAAUCCCGUUGUUCGAUCGCAGGAAGAUUUGCCCACCUAAUUCCAGCACGGAAACUAUCCGUGCUGAGGAAGAAUUCUUCACCGAUGCGUUCUUCAAACAUCGGUGGUACAAUGGUAGCCGUGUUCGAGACGGCAAAGCCUUGGUGCAAAGAUGGAAUGCCAUCAUCCAUGACAUCGAGUGUAUUGGCCGUGAGGCCUGGCACGCCAAACUUGAUGCAGCUCGCAUCAGGUUUGAAAAACGCAACCCAGUCGUGGCGCGAUACAAGUUGCAUUGGCUUUCAAUAGAGGCAGGAUUACCCUGUCUCUCGUGCGGUGAUUCGUGUCCAGGUUGCCUGGACAACUCGAACCGUGCCCCUAUGGAGGCCUACCUCCCUAAUGAUCCCUACUGGAGGGCGCGCAUCUCUUCUGAGAUGGCCGAAAGGAUUGACACUUUGCAAUCCCUGUACUCGCGUUCGGGGAGGUCUUUUUCCGACGGCCAUUCUUAG